AUGCAGACAAGAGGAUCAGAACCAGAUUUUUCUGAGCCCUGGCAUCUUAGCGAUGUUGUUCUUGUUGUCGAAGAAAAAAGAUUCCAUGUUCAUAAGGGCACAUUGUCCAUGUGGUCACCCGUGUUUGAAAAAAUGUUCAGCUCAGAAUUCAGAGAAAAGUCCUCCAGUGAAAUACCACUUCCUGGCAAAAAAGCUUCUGAAAUAAGGGAGAUGUUGCUAGUUGUAUAUCCAACUUCUAAGUCAAUUAACGAAGCGAACUUCCAUUUUCUACUCGUCUUGGCGAGGGAAUACCAGAUGGAACAGCUAACAGAACGCUGCGAAAGAUACCUGCUACAGAGAGAGAAAACCCCGCAUCAAGCCAUUGACUUCCUGGUUUUAGCCAACGAUUUUAGGAUGGAGGAACUGUGUAAGCAGUGUGUUGAAAUCGCUAAGCAUAUCUCAAUAGCUGAACUGCGACGCCACGAAAAGUAUGCGCUGGUUGCACCCGAAGAUGGAAAAAAAGUGGCCGAGAGACGAGUCGAGCUGCUGGAAAACAAGGUUUUGGGUGGUGAGCAAAAAGUAAAUUCAGUUAGGAAAGAAGUUCAAGAUGCAAGUGUUUGGGCUUUGAGAGAAGUGGCAAAAGUCCUCUAUCACAAGAAAAACCCUGAGGGAAGAAUCUAUCCACGUGCCCUGAAUGAUUGUGUAAAACUUGUCGAAGAAGUAGCACAAGAGAGCGACGAGAUGAAUGUUUUCUUACAGUUACUGCAACAGCGUCUUAGAAAUAUUUAUGAUCCAUCCCGUACAGUUUAA